GGUUGCUGCAAUUCACAUCACCCAAAGGGACAAGAUUUACAUCAUCACAUUAUUCCUGUCAGCUCGGUUAAUUUUACCUCAGAUCGUGCUGUGAGCAAGCUGAGGAACAGCGACUCUUUUAUCUAAAAUGACUUACUUCCCGCAGAGAGACAUUCGUGUCAGGAUGAACCGAGCGCCUUAUGUGCUGAGGGGAGCAGAGAGAAUAGAGCGUUUGUCUCCUGUCCCUGUCCCCAAAUGUCUCCACCUCACCGGGGUGCGCAAAAACCCGGAGGCACAAGCACUCAAAAGAGCCAUCAUAAAACGCCAUUUAUCCGGCAGGGGAUGCGUUUAAAUGUUCUGCAACACUUUCAAAAUGCACAGAAGUGUUGGUCAGGAGAGAGGGAGAUAAGAGUAGUCCGUUUUAAUUGAAGAAUCAAUUAACCCACACAGCUGUAUUUUCUCGGGAGAUUAUCACAUAUCCAUCCCUUUAUAUAGACGUGUCUUUCAAAGUAGCGACCUUCCAUAAAUGUUACUUUCCUGAUCACUAUUUUAUGCACAUUUCAGAAAACAUCCAACACCACCUCACACGGACGGAUAAUUUAUGAUCCGACAGAGGACGCUCCAGCUUCAGUUUGCCACGAUAGACUUCAGAGUAAUGCGCCAGGUGACAAAAAAGCUUUUACUAAAAUCAUUACUGAUGUGGCUAUAUUUACUGCUCUGCAUUCUUCUGCACAUUUUGGCCGAAUUUAACUGUGAAUUGCAUGACAAUCUACUUACGUUUGAAGACAAUACGUGCAUGACUGAAGGUAAAGAGUGAGCCAUUAGAACCGUGAAAUGCGCAAUUAGAUUUGCGCUUUGCUUCAGCUUUUGGCACAUUGGGCACCUGUGGUGAGCGAGUUAUGGUGGCGCCUUGAUGCACUGGGUGUGUCUGUGGGCGGAGACCUGCGCACCCGCCCCGCUGCUUCUCCCCUCUGGUUACUAUAUGAGGAGGCAACCCUGCGAUCCCUCAAUAGGAUACGUUCAACUUUGGCAGUGGUCUUGUUGAUCUCUUCAAACGUUUUCACCUCGUCCGACCGGAAUCUGCAGCUGGCUGAAGCAGAAAUCCUUGGAUCUGAGCGCACCUCGCCGUGGGAAUAACAUUUUUAAAAACCUAUUUAUCGGAGAAGCUACACCUCAACAUGCCUCGGUCAUUCCUUGUCAAGAAGUAUUUCUCCAACAAGAAGCCAUACUACAGGGAGAGCCAACUGGAGAGCCAAACUGCCUUUGUCCCAGAAAGUUUUCCACGGGCCGAACUUCCAACGCGGAACAACAGCUCUGCUUUGACCUGCUUCCCCAGCAGUCCAGUCUUCAGCAGCAUGGAGACCCUGCCUGCCCCCCUGUCCCCGAUCACCCCUGUGUCCCUGUCCCCUUCUCCGCUGGGCCCUCUGGACCUCAGCAGCUCUCCCUCCAGCAGCAGCAGCAGCGAGGAAGAAGAGGACGGCGGACGUACGUCAGAUCCCCCCAGUCCGGAUAUCAUUCAGCACAUCUACCACUGCCUGCACUGCAGUAACAGUUACAACAGCCUCUCAGCACUGUCCCACCACCAGCUCUCACACUUCACUCCAACGCAGCAGACGCCUUCUCUGCCCACCGAAGCCGCUGCGCGUCCAGCUUUCCAUUGCAAACACUGCCCCAAGGAGUACACCAGCCUGGGAGCCCUAAAGAUGCACAUUCGCUCACACACUCUGCCGUGCGUUUGCCCCACGUGCGGCAAGGCUUUCUCCAGACCAUGGCUGCUCAGAGGACACAUCCGCACACACACAGGUGAGCGCCCCUUCGCUUGCCAACAUUGCAACCGGGCCUUUGCAGAUCGCUCUAACCUGCGUGCCCACCUGCAGACCCACUCUGAAGUGAAGAAGUACCAAUGUGGAUCCUGUGCGCGGACCUUCAGCCGCAUGUCCCUGCUGCACAAACACAACGCCUCCGGCUGCUGCCCUGCCUCAUAGAGGCAUUCCCUGAACUGCUCUCAUGAGCCAGUUGAAGCUGCUAGCUGGCUUUGUCCCCACCCUGAUUAGCGGCAAUACACCCAGAGGACUGUGUAUAGAUCGGUGCCAGCUCACUCACAAAGCCAUGGAACAGAAACUGGACUUCUGUUGCUUUUAUAGAAAGACUUAAGUGCCUUUAAUUUUUCAGGACUUCUGUAGAUUUUUCUUUCUGAGGUCGCGUUGGUGUGCACAGCACAAUUCUGCUGCAUCCUGUCAACUGUGUGCAUGUUUAUGUGUGAUUUUGAGGCAGCUGGACAUGCAGUUAAUUCCCAGGAAACUCCAUCGGUGCCGGCCGGUCCGGGACUCUGGCCAUGUUGCAGCUGCUUGGGUGUGUUUGUGUGUGUGUAUGUGGGGAUGUCAUUCCUCACCAGACUAUACAUACAUGGCAUGUGUGUGUGUGUGUGUGUCGACAGCUGCCUGUGUAUGGUGCACUGUGGAGACGGGGCGCGCUGAGAGACGUAUUAGCUGUGACCUCGACAACAGGUGACCCUCCGCUCGCCCCUGACACAUACCACACUCAUUGUGUGUUAUGGGACAUGAAAGGACCACUUAAACCUGACCAAAAAACACAAUUUGUCUUGACCACUAUUGUCAUUUUUACAACAUAAAGGCCAUUAAUUUUGACAAGAGAUUUGACAGUUUUUAUGAACCGUUUUGUUGAAAAUGUCUUUGACAUGGGAAUACUGUGCCUUUUUCUGCCACAUGAAAAUAAAAGCUUUGUUUUAAAAAAGAAA